AUGUGUCUAUUAAAUGUAAAGCCUUACAAGUUAUGGCAGCCGCCAAAACAUUGCCAAAAUACCUACCAUACAAUGCGAAGCCUACAAACUAUUCAGCCAGCUAAAAGCGAAAUUGCACACGGACAACUAUAUGACAUCUGUGACAACAAACUCGGAAGGAAAGUGGCGGGCGCAUGCUUAAGUAGAUAUCUCCACUUUCACACAGAAAUUUCAUAUUGCUUUCUUCUCUCUCCCCUUCCCUCCCCCUUCUCCUCCGUUUCCCCUCCGCUCCCCACCUCCAGAGGCCUGGUGGCCAGCCUGUCGGCUUUCAUCCUCCUGGGCGUGACGGUGACGCCCGACGGCCCCUUCAAGCGGCCACAUCCCGCCAUCUGGAGGCUUACCUUCAUCAUCUCCAUCGUGUACGAGCUCGGCCUUAUCUUCUUACUAUAUCAGAGUGCUUCUGGUGCUAGACAACUCCUAAAGUUCAUAGACCCCAAGUUAGGGGAGCCGCUCGAGGAGAAGGACUAUGGUGGGAACUGCCUCCUGUACGACCCCGAGCACCCCGACGAUCCGUACCACAACAUAAAGGACAAACUCGACUUGUUUGUUCCGCUGCACUUCUUCGGCUGGUGGCUGAAGACCCUCCUGUUGCGGGACUGGUGGCUCUGCUGGGUCAUCUCAGUCAUGUUUGAGAUCCUGGAGUACACCCUCGAGCACCAGCUGCCCAACUUCUCAGAGUGCUGGUGGGACCAUUGGAUAAUGGAUGCCCUAUUGUGUAAUGGUCUGGGAAUCUACUGUGGGCUUCAGUCUCUUAAGUAUUUCUCCAUCAAGACUUAUCAUUGGCGAGGCCUCUGGAACAUCCCCACUUACAGAGGCAAAUUGCGGCGCAUCAUAGCCCAGUUCGGUCCAUACGUUUGGGUAGAUUUCGACUGGAAGCCUCUGUCAUCUCUUGGUCGGUGGUUCUCCAUGCUUGGAAUUAUAGCUGUGUUCCUUCUAGCAGAACUGAACACAUUCUACCUAAAGUUUGUGUUAUGGGUGGAGCCAAGUCACUGGGUCAACCUUGUCCGCCUCCUGUUCAUCUUGCCUUGGGGUGCUGUAGCUCUUAGGGAGGUGUUCCAGUUUCUUGAUGAUCCAGAUGUUUUGAAGUUUGGUAGGCAAUCGUGGCUCUUUUUAGCCAUUGUAUGCACAGAAUUGUUAAUAUGUAUCAAAUUUGGCUGGGAGACAGUCACCAUUCCCUUUCCCAGCCAUGUGGUGACUCUAUGGAUUGCUAUAUUCGUGAUGUUGAUAUUAUGGACAGUGUGGAACUUUUUCAUUGAUCCUCAUACCUUUAAGGUGGAUUCAAAAGACAUUGAGAGGCGUCGUGAGCACUGGAGCCAAGUGAGAGCCAUUGAGACCAAGCUCAGCCCCUCAGAAACAAGAUUCAUACCACAGUUCUUCCUUGAUAAACUAACACAGAUGAGAACCAAGGAAGAUUGAGUGUUUUGGCCACAGCCAAUCUGGUAUGCCACAGCUACUCAAGGGUCUCAAGUGUAAAGUGAUAAAACUUAGAUGGGGUGUCCAGUGUCAUGGGAAUGGUGGGCUUAUUAUGGUGCAUGUGAUUAAACUGUUUGUAUUUAUUUAUGAGUUGCAGGAAGAUAAUACAACAUGAUAUUGGAUAUUAGUUACUGUACAAAUGCCUAGGAUGAGGACACAGUCAUCAGUAUCUUAAAGAUCAUGAAGUUUAGUGAGCAUGCUAUUGUGUCUCCUGUCUUAAUAUGUUUUGUUGAAUGUAUCAGGUCAAGAUGUGAUAAAAACACUAAUGCUAUGGGUCAGGUGGUUUACUACAUUUUUACUUUUUUGUUUUUAUUAAGAUUUUAUUUAGAUAAUUUUUGAUUAUAGAAGCAUAUACUGUUCCAUUUCAUGUUAUUGAAUUGUACUAAAAACAUGGUUCAAAUAAACAGAUAUAUCAUUGUUGAUGUGAAGUAUUAACUUAUAAUCUACUUGCUAUGACACUUCAGAGGCUUGUGACUGAAGACCCCAAAAUAAGGGAACUUAGACAUAUCUUUUCAGUAUGAUGUUUUAGUGUAACAUCAUAUCAAAAAUAGUUUAAAUAUUGUGAAGUCAUUGUGAGCCAUAAUGGUAAUUCUUACCAUGUUAUACAAGCAAAUAUACAGCAGGUGUAAUUAUCUGUGGCAGGAUACAAGUACAUUAUUCCACAUACAAUGCCAGAAGCAUCUUAACUCGACAGAAAUUUACAAACACUCUUGAUAAAAGAGAUGAUGUUAUUAUUUUUUGAAGACAGUUAAAGAAGAAAUUUAUCUAUUGUUUUUAUUCUUUCACUAAUAUUUUGUUGCUAUUUUAAUUUUAACAUUGUUUUUUAUUUUUUAUUUUUAUCAGAUGAUCAUCAUGUAAAUGGGAACUUAUUUAAGGCAGCUGCUUCUAGUUAAAAGCAUGAGAGAGCUGUGGUAAUAGAAAGGUGCAUGAAUUACUUAAAUCAUUCUGAUAGUCUAUAGGUAAAACCAGGACAUACUUUAGGUUUGCAAAAUCUACUUUAAUUUAGAGAAAGAUAGAAUAUGAGCUUAUCAAAUUAUUCUUAAUGAUAUAGUUUUGAAAACAUUGGUAUACAAAGGAAAAGUAUUGCACCUUCAGCAUUUAUGCCACUUAUUUUAUGCUUUAAAUCAAAGAAUAAUUAGGGUAGAGGGUGCUUGGCAUUUGACAGAAUAUGACUCAUUGCACAUUCAUUUUUGCUGUGUGGAUGAAGUCACCAGCAGUUGGCUGAAGACACUUUUAGCACUUCUGUUUUUUUAGCACUAAAGCCCUCGGUACCAUGUUUGGAUGAGGUGUUGAUUUGACAGAUCUUCAGUCAAACUGAUUAUAACAAGAGAAUCUGGUUUUAAAAUUUGUCAUCUGCACCAUUAAGAGGCACAAGCUGACUAGUCAAAUUAAAUGUACUAAGGGACUCCUAUUGCAAAGAUAUCUGUUGUAUUUGCUUUGAAUAGACACAAAUGGUUAAUUUGUGUCAUUUUUAACUGCUGUGGCCUUAGGAUUUGAAGAAGAGAGUGUAUACAGUGCUUUGUAUUGUAGACAAUAUUCCUCUACUAACCAAGUGCAAUUGAAACGUAUGAAUAAGUGAAUGGAUAUCCUAGCAAUACUAUUUUAGUUAUUUUCAUUAUGAUAUUUUUUUCUUUAUACUCUUCACUUUUAUAAACAAUAAUUUAAAGUAUUUCAUAGUAUAUUUAAUUAAUUCACUUAAUUGUUUAUUUUUAGAUGUGCACAUAGUUUGUCUUUCCCUUAUUUUCAUAUCCUACAUUUCCAGUUUUGCUUUGUUAUUACAGAUCAGUAUAUACACAAGCACACACAUUCAGAUACUUAAAAGGAUUUUAUGAUAGUAAAUAUGGCAUUGUUGAGCAGUGUGGCAUUUACCCUAUCAGGAGACUAUGUGAUUACAUCAAGUCCCAAAACUACAUAAAGAUAUUUUUGUGGUCUUACAACAGGGACUCGGCCAGCAGUCAACGCUGCUCACAAACCUAUGAAUAAAGCUAUACAAUUUAUGCCUACGAUACUGCCUAUGGUCAAUAAUGACACAGCUGUGAUGUAAAAGAAGAGCCAUGGCAUAUAUUUUGUUACAGAUGUCAGAAUGAACAAUUUCCCAAUGAAUGAAGAUUACUGGUUUUCCCAGUCUUCUCUUGCUCAAUGUAUAAACACUACAAGGCUAUUUCCUUACAAGCAGUAUAACCUCUUUGCAAGUGAAAUAGGAAUUGUUUCACUGAGACGGAACAGCCUUUUAUGUGAAGAAUUAUUGAGACACAUUCACCUUACUCUCUAAAAGAUAGAUAGAUAGACUUGCUGCUCAUUAGCCAGAAGCAAAUCUGUAUAUGAAUGGAUGGCAUUUGAUUCUGGCAAGAAUUUACCCUUUGUUAUAUAUUUUAGUGUGACAUUAAUAUCUGUGUCCAUUGAGGGCAAAGGGGCAAAGCACUCUAAGGUCAGAAUGGAAGUUCUGUUCUAAUUUCUGUUUUAAACCUACGGGUAAUUUUUAAAUACUGAGAAGGUAACCACAUUUGGUGUUUAGUUAAGACAUGUAAUGAAUGAAUGUCAUUUUGUUUUGUUUCAUGGCUUUAAUAUCUGUGUCCAUUUGGCAUAGAGUUGUCCACACCUAUUAGUAUAAUAAUGUUACUUAAACUAAAGUAAAGAGUAAAAUGAUAAUAAUAAUAAAAAAAUAUAUAUAUGUAUAAAUUAAGGACUCUCAGUUUUGCCACAAAUAGUGAAUAUUCUGAAAGGUUGUAAUGUAAACGUUACAGUUGCAUCAAAUAUACCAUGUACUUGUAUCACAGCAAUUUAUUGCUUAUUGUUACAGAAUAUUCUGUUAUAUAUUUUGUAAGCUUCCCUAUAAGAAAGAGGGAUUUAGACAGAAUCUAACAGAAAUCAGAUUAACUGUCAGAGAUAAGGUUGAAAAAUCCACAUAACAAAUGAAAUGAGUGAUGAUGUGAAACAAAUGAUGAAUGUAAUAGGGAAAUAGGAGAGAUGAGAUAACAGUAAAGAGAUAAAAAGGGACAAAAAAAAUCACUAAUGUAGGCAACAAAAGAAAAAAAGAAAAGAAAAAAGGAAAAAAUUGAGAAAAAUACCCGACCUGUAGUUCAUGAUUUGUGUCAUUACAGGUAUGCAUUGAUAUUGUGCAAUACUUAGAUGUUUAUAAUGCAUGCGGUAUUUUCAGUAAAAUAUUUAUUAUUAUUUAAAUUUAACAUUUAAUUGUCUUUUGUGCCAUAUUAUAUGAUGGUAUUUAAAACCUUUGGACUAGUUUUAUGCAGAGUAUUACAUAUGGAUGAAAACUUUGGAUCCCAUUGCUCAUACACCCAUAUUAUAACUUAGUUUGUUGUAUAGUCCAGUGUUAAUUGUUGAAUGUAUGAUUUCAAGUAUAUAUUGUUUUUCCUAAGCUGGAGAAAUUUAAAAGAUUAAUAUAAUUUGUUGGUACAUAGCUAGACAAAAUUAGGUGAAUUGUUGGAAGGGUGAAAGAAACUGCAUCUCUGACUAGUGUUAAUAAGUGCUUGAGAUGUUCCUGUGUUGAAGACUGCAGGUAUAAUCAUGCCUUUUACCUCACUUAUAGUUCUUUGCACCUUUGAUGCUACACGGAACUGCUUGUUUCCUUACUUUUAGAUUGUUAUGAUAAACUUAGGUCACAGAAUUGAAGUAAUGAAUGGAAAAUAUAUAUAAAAGAACACAGAUAAAUUUUUGUAUGUGUAUGAAAGUUCCUCAGCUAAGUGAAUUUUCCAUGAUGAUUCUGUAGUGGGACCACAGUCAUCAGAGGAGUUGUACAAGAACCUGUUUUACCAUAAAAUACUAACAGAA